AUGCGGACGUCCUCCUCCUCGUCUCCGAGGAAGAGGAAACACCUCUCGCCUCUCGACCCUAUCGAAGAAACAAGACUGCCUCCGUUCGACAAUAGUCUCGGCCUGUCGUUUCACUUGCGCGAUGAUCGCCGCGUCGACGCUGUCUUCCAGCGACGCCUCUCGCCGUUGGAGGCUCGAUCGUCGUGGUAUCAUCCGGAUGCUGAGAACUCGACCACGACGACGACGACGACAACAACGACGAGGAGGAGGAGAAGGAGAAACGGAGACGGAUCGGUGGAGACUCGUUACGAGAGCAGGGCCGACCGGUCGAAAAAGUAUUUGGCGACAAUGGUCGUGUUCCUCGGAUUGUUGUGCGGACAUUGGUGCUCCGGCGGAGCGGAGGCACUCGCCGGCAACCAGAAGUACAGCACGAGAACGAUCAGGACCAGGUACGGGACGUUGCGCGGCGUCGAAGACCGAUCGUCCACCUCCGUGGAAACUUAUUACGGCGUGCCGUACGCUACGCCGCCGAUUGGAUCGCUGCGAUACAUGCCGCCGGUCACGCCGACACCAUGGCGUGGCAUCAAGCUGGCCGACACCAUGCCACCCGCCUGCCCCCAGAAGCCACCGGAGCCAGACUCGAGCCAGCCACGCUCGAAACGCGCUCAUCUCAAGAGGCUAGCGCCGUUGUUGGCCAACCAGAGCGAAGACUGUCUAUACCUGAAUCUCUACGUACCCAAACGUCCUCACGGUGAGUGAGUCCCUUUUUUUUCUUCUCUCUGAUUUUCCUCUCGCUCUUUUUCGAAUUUUGCUGCUAAUUUUUGCUGCCAAUUGUCUUUUCAAGUUGAUUUAUUGACGAGUCGAAACAUUUAGACUCGACACGCUGGCCAACAGGCGACCAACAAAAUCGUAUCGAUUUUUAACCUCUUGCGCUGGCAACUGGUUCGCGGACCAUAACGAGCGACCAAACCUUAUACAAUAAUUCGUCGCUUUCUUUUUGAAUUCUAGAUAGAAAUUAAGAACUGAUAAAUUUGUUGUUUGUUUUGCCUGGAUUAUAUUUAAGUGUACUUAAAACUGAGGAAAUAUUGCAAUUUUGGGACAAAAAAUUCUCAACAAAAUUAACCUCUUGCGCCGGCAACUGGUUCGCGGACCAUAACGAGUGACCGAACCUUAUACAAUAAUUCGUCGCUUUCUUUUUGAAUUCUAGAUAGAAAUUAAGAACUGAUAAAUUUGUUGUUUGUUUUGCCUGGAUUAUAUUUAAAUGUAUUUAAAACUGAGGAAAUAUUGCAAUUUUGGGACAGAAAAUUCUCGAUAAAAUUAACUUCUUGUGCCGGCAACUGGUUCGCGGACCAUAACGAGCGACUAAACCUUAUACAAUAAUUCGUCGCUUUUUUUUUGAAUUCUAGAUAGAAAUUAAGAACUGAUAAAUUUGUUGUUUGUUUUGCCUGGAUUAUAUUUAAGUGUACUUAAAACUGAGGAAAUAUUGCAAUUUUGGGACAGAAAAUUCUCGACAAAAUUAACCCCUUGCGCCGGCAACUGGUUCGCGGACCAUAACGAGCAACUAAACCUUAUACAAUAAUUCGUCGCUUUUUUUUUGAAUUCUGGAAAUUACUAAGAAGUGAUGAAUUUGUUGUUGCAAAUUGCGUUUAAUAGAUUAAAAUGAGAUAGCCUGUAUACAGAUCGUGAGUGAAACCGAGACUUUUCGUGGAAAUUUUAACGCAUUCGGUGCCACGUGCACCAAAUUUUUCGACUGAGAUUUAAAGCCAUUAAGAAACGUAUUGCAAUAAAAUGAUUGUCGUUGUCGUCGUUACGCGUUCACAAAUGUUAAAAAAGUUUUACACAUUUUUAUAAUUAUCUUACUGCGUUUACUCGAAACCAGCUUGAGUAAAUAAAAUUUUUGUUAUAAUUUUAGAAUUCCUUUGGCAUAUGCCAUGAUUUUGGAACAGUUUAUUCAGAAUUAUUCACUUGAAAUUAAUGGUGGACUUGAUUAA